CCCAGGCUGGCGAGUUUUCUAGUUGUGCCCCUGCAAAUAAGUAGCUACGACGACGGCGCUAGGACCCUGGGGACGCGACUGCAGUGAGGAGUGGUGGAAAUGUGCGCAGCAGACAGCGAUAUGGAGCGAAAGUAAACUCAUUCCUCGUUUCAGAUAUUAGUAUAUACAUUAAAAAUACACAUAGAUUAUAUCAGCCCCUGCUCGGUGCGCUUGCACCGUCGGAACCUGCACUUUCACAACCUCUGGGGCCCGGCUUCGGAGCGGCUCGGAUCGGACGUGGAUCUGAAUCUUGCUGGAACGAGAAAACAGCAGCUCCGAAUUAAAUUCAGGGCGGCGGCGUGGCUGCGCAAAGACACUCCGGGGAAAUCUCAAUUUCUUCACCAAUCACCCCCGACAGAUAUAACUGGCCACUGUUUCUCCCCGUCCUCGAGAUCGCCCGGGAGCAAAGGAGACGGUGAGAGCUUCCGUAACUAAUAGGCCCGGAAGGUUGGAGCAGUGAAGCAGUGGGACUACUGUGAUUGGCCUUCACCUGUCAUGCUCGCCACAGCCUCGCUGUAUAACAGCAUCCACGAUUGGACACAAACUGACUGUAUACGGAUGUGUGGCAUUAAGGAAGAUAGGAGAUCUUCACUCACAGAUGCAGAAUCCAGGAAAAAUGCUCCACAGCUUGUAGGGACGGAAGAUACUUGUAUUAACAACCACACUGAAGUGGUGACUGAACGAAUGAGCAAUGGUGUCCAACAAGUCGAGGGGCAUGAAAGUAACUUGUUGCAGGAGGGACUUCAAAAUUGCAAGGAUAAUGACUCUGAAAGAUCUGUUCCAAAAGAAGAGGAGGUCGCCCUCAUGACCACUUCAGAUGCCCAAUUAAAGACUGACAGAAUUGCCAAUGUGGAAAAUAAAUUGGUACAUGGGGAAAUGCCAGAAAAUGGAGAUAACAAAAUGAAAAAUUUGGAGAUUGUGGGUAUGAAUCGGAAAGCACAACAACCUCAGUCAAAAACCACUUGCACUCAGGAUAAUGCUGGGGAACCAGGAAAGACUGUAAAAGAAAAGUUGACUCCCGGGAGUGAAGCUUCAUAUAAAGGGGUUCCCUGGAACGAUCCACAAUUAGACAGUGCUACAUCAGGGAGUCACUGCCCUUUUAAUGCACUGAGUUCAUUAAACUUAUACAAACCUUGCUUAUCAGCAUCUCAGAAUUUACACAAAGUGGGUCAACCUUAUUUUUCACCAAUGUUUAAUCAGGGUCCACAUUUGAUGUACUUACCAGCACCAAGCUUAAGCCAUCCUCAUGUUGCACUUUCCCUCUCAACAACUUUAGGUGUUACAGGGGUGCAGACUGUAGCAUCAUUUUCGCAAAGUAAAGCUGGUAGCUCUAAUCUAGCACCCAUUCGGCAUUCAUAUUCUCAUCCCUUGACUUUCAGCAGACCCUUGACUUCAGACCCUAAAGCCAAACAUUCUGCUGAUCAUUCUCAGUCCCUUCUUGUGAAAACAAAAGCCCAUUUGGAACCACCUCAGAAGCGACAGUUUUUAAUUUCCCCAUCUCAUCCAUCAUCACCAUCUUCCCACAUCUUUUUCAACCUGAGCAAUGAAUUACCUUUAUCAAGGAAGAAUUCAAACAAUCAGUUACCCAAAAUUACUGCUUGCAGCCCCAGUCAUCAACCUUCACUUGAGCUCUCAGAAAGCUCACAACCUCCAUUCAUGGUAUUCAGAUCUCCACCUCAACUUGAGAAGCAGAUAUAUCCAGAGGGAUCCCAUGAUCUGCCUCUUGAUUUGUCAGCAAAAUCAAGCUGUUAUGGUAUAGGGGUUAAGCAGAAUUCAUUACCUGAGCUGAGGAAAACACCACCAAUGCCGGUGUUAACUCCUGUCAAAGGGGAUAGGUCAUUUUCUCUGUUGCACUCUAAAGGUGAUGGCAUUUCCCCACGAAUACCUCAAAGUGGCUACAAUACCAGCAGUAUUAAAGGAAGCAUUGGACUGACAUCCUCGCUUAUGGUGUUUCCUGAUACUAUAAGAAAUGGGGCUACUCUGCAAAAGAAACCAGUUGCUCCUUUAACAUUUCAGCCAUCGAAUCCAACUGUGUCAUGGGUGAAAAGUUCCAGUAGUUCGAUGAACCGAAAUCCACGGACUUUUGUCGGCGUGGCUAAUGCUAUACCUGCAUCCAUGUUACAGAUUGUUAAUGGAGAUCCUAAAAGUGCUGCUAAGCAAGAACCAAUUUCUAUUGUUUACCAAGGAGACAGCCAGUUGGCACUUCCCAAUGGCAACAAAAAUGGGGAGCCCAAAAAUGAUGUGCAUGAAGAUCACGUUGUAAAGGAAAAUAAUAAUAAUUCACACAACUCUUUUGUAUCUUCCUCUAGUGAAAUAGCAUCGUUUCCUUCUCCAUUCCUCAUCGGAGGCAGCAUUCCCAUUAACCGCCUAUCAUUUGGUAGGGAUAAAACUCUGUUUCAUCAUUCACCGUUAUUAUCAAAUGGCAGCUGUCCUGCACCACAACUGUCACUAGCUCAAGGAAUUCCUUAUGGUGUGUCAUCUUCCAGAGGAGAAUAUACUUUGUUUCAAAGCCCACAUCAUUUAGGGGCUGUGUGGACUCCUCCUAAAAUGCAUGCAGAGAAGAUGAAGGAAAACCAGCUACAGACAAUGGGGUCACCAUUGUCCAACUUGGAGUCAAUUGUUCAGAACACAGCUUUAGAGCUGUUUGCAGUUGAAAAUAAAAAGGAGUGCCCUAAAUCAUUCAACCCAAAUGCAAUAAGUAAGGAAGGAAUUCCUUCCAAAGAUGUGAACCAGCCAGCCCCCAAUUGUGCAAAUAUAGUUGACUUAAGCCAUUUAUCUUUUGAAAACCAAAAUAAAAAUAGUCAGAAAGAUCGACAGAAUUCAGUUUCUACAGUCAAGAUGGACAAAAUGGGUAAAAUUAAUAAAGGAGUUGCCAAUGAAAGUUGUAAGACUUCAACAGGUCGUGUGGGUGAUGAUGAAAAAGUUCAUAAUAAAGAACUAGAAAUCCAAGGAUUAAUUACUUCUUUGCCGUUAAGCAAACAGCCUUUUGUUAAUCAGAGCCAUAAUCAUAAAGAUCUUCCUGUUGCAGAAUUACAAAGUGACAGGAAUUUAGAGGUAGUGGCCAUACAGGAGUUAGCAAGUGGAAGUACAACAUCCUCCAUGUUAUCUACAGAUACAGAUCUAUCAAUGACUAAAGGUAUGUGUAGUGAAAAAGAACUUUGUACUGCUGGACCAGUCAAACGUACUGUUACCAAAGAAAAGGAUGGUUCAGUGAUGAAUCCAGUUUCUAAAUGCAAAGGACCUAUUUCAGUUAGGUGCAGUGCAAACCCAUCUAACUGUGUGGGAGAGAAGUUCAAAUGCACUAAGAAGGAAGAUAUUGUGAGUUCCAACAGGUUAAAUCGAGAAGAGCGGACCAUUCAGGGAAGCAAAAGACGGUCAAGCAGUCUCGAAGUGAGCCAGAGAGUAAAUGAAGAAGAUGGCUGUUUAUCUGAAGGACAUGAUGGGGAAAGAAGAAGCAGACGGCUGAAGACACCAAAGACUGAAUCCCCUUCCAGGACAGCAGUACAAGAUAAAGGUCGAACUGAUUUUACUCUGAAAAAAGGUAAAAAUAAUUUCAAGGACUUUAUUCCAGUGGUGUUGAAAACUAGGACCCGCAGUCAGUCAGAGAGUCAAUGCGGCAUAUCAAUAUACUUAAGUUGUGAUCAGACAGACAGUUCAUUGGAAGAAAAUCAGCGUAUGCAAGAGGUAGUGGAAGAUGAUGUAAAGAAUUCAACGGGUCAAGAACUAUUUAAAACGGAGGGUAAAGAGACCAAAGAAGAAAGUGAGGCAGGAAGAAAUGCCAACUUAUUUACUGAAGUGAGUGAACAGGAUAGCUUGGAACUACGUGACUUGAAUUGCCUCUUAGAGACUGAUGAGAAUUUAAAAACUAAUAAUAAACAAAGCCCCACCAUUAAGACACAAGUAAAAGGCAACAGAAAGAAGUUCCGGAAUGAGGAAGAUUCUGAACUAUCUUUACAAGGAGGGGAGAAAAAUCAAGAUGGCAUCGGUUUGCAAACAAGAAAGGCAGUUACUGCAGGCAUAUGGACACCACCUGCUUCAUCACGAAAGAGGCUAGCUCCUUCAACCACAUUGCCUAAUACUGACUGGAACCUGAGUGUCAGGCACAGCACUCCUGUGUCAGGAAGUAUAUGUAAACUUAAAGAGCCUUGCAGCCCAGGUGCUCUGAAUUUGUCCCACAUACAAGAAUCUCCAAGUGAGUACCAGUCUGAAAAACCAUCUGGAAAACGUAAAUGUAAGACGAAGCAUAUAAGUGGGCCCUUAUCACCAGAAGAUGGUGCAAACAAUCAAGGAAAGCACAAGAUUAAAGUAAAGCAGAAACGCUCCCUGAAGCGCUUAGCAUUAAUGCUGGAUUCUGAUUGGAGCCCAUCACCAAAGAAGAAACCUGAUUAUUCAGUCCGCUGGAAAAAGAGGACAUCCUCGGUUACUCCUGUUAAACAUGCAACAGGGUCACGGUCACCAUCUGCUCAGGCAGAGACAUCCACAGGACAGCAGUCUCAAUCUGAAACAAGAAAAUUAAUUGUAAAUAAGAAUGCUGGUGAAACCUUGCUGCAGAAGGCAGCACGAUUAGGCUAUGAGGAUGUGGUUAUCUACUGUUUGGAGAAUGAAGUGUGUGAUAUCAAUCACCGGGAUAAUGCAGGCUAUACGGCACUGCACGAAGCCUCCGCACGUGGCUGGCUUGACAUUGUCACACGGCUUCUGGAGCAUGGAGCAGAUGUAAACUGCAGUGCCCAGGAUGGUACCAGACCUAUUCAUGAUGCUGUUGUGAAUGACAACUUGGAUGUUGUCCAUGUUCUUCUGUCAUAUGGUGCAGAUCCCACCCUCGCUACCUAUUCAGGUCAGACAGUUCUGAAGAUGACUCAUAGUGAGCCCAUGGAACAUUUUCUUAUAGAAUAUUUUACUGACUUGAGGGGACGAAGUGAGGAUGAUCCAGCCCUUCAUUGGGAAUUUUAUGGCAGUUCUGCAUGUGAGCAGGAUAAGGAGAUCGUUUGUAACAUUUUGGCAAAUCCCCCUGGCCUUGAUGAAGAGGAUGAUGAGGAUACCAAUUACUUUGUAUUUGAGUUUUCUGAAAAGCCUCUUCUUGCAUGUUACAAUAUACAAGCUUCCCUUUCUCAUGGCCCUUGUAAUUGGUUGGUAUUAUCCGAAGUUCUUCGAAGACUGAAAAUGUCAGUAAGGAUUUUUCAAUCCCGCUAUCCUCAAUUUGAAAUUGUCACCAUUACUGAAGUAGAAUUUUACAAGCAGGUAUCCACAAGCCAGGUACAUUUUCAGCUCGGGAACCUUCAGUACUACUCCAUGGAUGGCAGGACGUCUUUGGAAUUGGUACGAUGUGUACCGGAGCUGUUGGAUCUUAUUGGUUCUACAGUGGAAUUAUUAACUGAAGACUGUGAAAAAGUCAUUAAAUUCACAAGGUGAACCAAAAUCAUGACUGGUUGACAAACUUUUCCCACCUCAGAUAAAUGGGAAGUGAAUUGAAUGGGUACUAACAGGUGUUUACAGUAUGCCAGCUGUUAUCUCAAAUCAGGCAUUGACACUAGCCAUUCUGACAGUAGUAGAAAUAACCAAUCAGUUCUGACCUUAAAGUGCAACAGUACAAGGUUUGCUGGGAUGUUUAAAGAAAGCGUUAGAAUAUUUUAACUAGGUUCAUUAAAAAUAUUUUCUAAUUAUGUUCAUGCACAUCUAAGUUUGUGAUCCAUCGACCAUGAAAAAUCAGUAAUGCCAGUGGUACAGUUGAUUCUUGUAAAAGAAACAUUACUUUAUUCCUGUUGUUCCCACAAUUUCCUCCUUCAGAAUAUAACAAUUGCUUUAUUUAAUGCACAAUUUAACUACAGUUCUGUAUCACACAUCUGCUUCCCCCAAGAGGACUAUUACGUAGCCUGUUCAUACUUUCAGGACUAUUCAGUCAGUCAACUGCAAGGAGAUGGUGAAAAUGCCUGGCCAUUUAGUGUACCUCUGAUUUCAUCUACGGCUCUACAUGCCCCUCAGGCAGAAGCUUUGACUCAAAAGCAAAGCUGUACACAUGAGUGAAGCUGAACUUAGGCAUUGAGCAGAGUGUAGCUUCAACCUGUGUCCAGUGCUUUACUGUGAUGCACCAUUCUGCAUUGAAGAAAUACAACUCUGUGUAUUUUUUUAAGUGUACUUGUAUCUAACUUGCUGCACACAAGUCGAACAAACUGAUGUUUUAAACAUGAUGGGUGCUUUUUUUUGAGAUUAAAAAAUCAAGAAUCCACUGUAUCAUAUUGGAACCAAAUUACUGGUGCCUAAAAGGCACAUUUUCAACAUUCUAAAUUAAAAUUGUUCUGUUCUUAGCAACCGAGUGCGCAAUUUUGCUAAAUACAAUAUUUAGUAAUGACAGUGUAUCUUAAUGGAAUCGAUAGUUUCUUUAAGUUAGGCUGUAUCUAGAAAUUGGAUGUUUGUACCCUGCAAGUAGGGAGUAUGACUUUUUUGCCACAGUAAUUUUUCUGGAUCUUUAUAUUACCUUGAGCAGAUUUUAUUUUCCAGUUUAAAGCAAUUUUAAAUCAAAGUUAAACUGAUCAAAAUUGAACUUGUAUGCUAGGAUACAUGCUGUUUAAUAAGAUAAAAUUGAAAAGCCCACUGGAAAUUUUGUUAGUUACUGAUAAUUUCAGCCUAAAUUAUAAUCUCUACAACUCUGAGAUGAUGCACUUUAUGUUGACUGCUUGUUGAGUUGCACCAAUCAUUGGCUUUCUGUACUGCUGCCAUUAGACAAUUUAAAGUUAAAUAUUUAUUUAAAAGGAAGGAAGUUUUUUAAAAAAAGACACAGAAGCUUGUCUCCUUGAACUACAAAGCUGAUUCAAAACGUUUUCGGCUAUAUUUGUGAGAAAUCAACAUUCCAUUUUUGCCAGUUAAACCAAAACAUGGAGCUAAAACCUAAUAAAUUUUCAUUUUCGAAUAACAUCAACAAUAAAAUCACAUUUCAGUUGGGGAAGAUUUCAUUACAUAUCAGAAAGAAAUUAUCUAAGUUUAAAGAAGUCAUGUGUUUUCGUAUUAAUGUGACGCACUUUGGAUGUGCAUUGUUGCAAAACUCAGAAAUUGGAUUGGUGAUCUAUUUAGUAGAUAUAACAAAUCCAAUAAGGUAGUCUGCUUGGAUUUCACAUUAGUUGCAGUGUAAUUAUAAUUCACAGUAAAACCAGAUUCUGUGCUAUUAAUAACCCAGACAAUGCUUCAGCAGUGUGCAAUAUGAUGCUGCUGAUUUUACUGUUGGUAGCAGAUUUAAAAAGGUGGGGCCUUGCAUUGUUCGUAUUCAAAAUCCUGUGAACCCGGUGAUUUGUUUUUUUUAAAGUUUUUAUGUGACUAUAGAUGCAUCAAGCUUCACAUUCCCCCAGUCAUUCAGUUAUUAACUGAAUGCCUACUAAGGAUGCUGUUUGAACAUUGCAGUCUAGAUGAAGUAUACCUGGGUGGAACUGAUUUAUAUUUCUAUAUUCUGUCAUACAUUAAAAUGUCAAGUACCUGCAACAUUGCAUUCAUUGUGCCUGCAGGUUAUAAUGUGAGAGUUUGUGUCUCAUUAUGUGUAGUGGCCCAUGACAAAUGCAGUGGAAUAGCCUGUCUGUAGUUGUAAUGAAAUUUCAUUGCCUAAGACUCAGCCUUAAAUGGCACAUGUGCAUAACCUUUCCACUCCGUCUCCUUCAUGAGUAAAGUAUCAGCAAUAUGUACACUUCUUCGAAGUGAUGAGUAUGAAGCAUUUCAACCCAAAGUUCCUCCCUCAUUUUCUCCAGUCACAUUGCAUAUCAGAAUAUACAUCCAGCUAAUCAUCAGCAUGUCACAGAUAAUAAGAGCAUGAAAUUAGUUCUUUUACCCUCACCCCUUUCCUUGUCU